CCACACCAACAUUCUCACUACCUCAUCUACAUUUCUCACUACUUCAUCUCCAUUACUUCUUUUACAAUUUCAUCUCCAACAAAAUCUUCCAUUUUCAUCUACACCAACUCCCCAACAAUAUGUCUUUACUCACAAUGGGCGAGGCACACAGAGGAACAGUUGCAAACAUCGCGACAUACGAUGUCUCAAGGUUUCGCACUCGAGUCCACGAAUUUGUCCACAUGGACCCGUUGAUUCAACCUUAUGUUGAACUUGCCGGUUUUGGUCACCUUAGCAAAAUUAUGUCUUGGUCUAUAGAUAACAAAUUCAUUCUCGCCUUAUGCGAAAGAUGGAGGCCAGAGACACACACAUUUUGGUUUCCAACCGGUGAGUGUACCGUGACGUUAGAAGACGUCUACAUGCUUUUAGGACUACGAAUUGAAGGCAAAGCUGUUAAUGGUAAGACCAACUUUCCAAAUUCAAUUUGCAUGGAGCUUUUAAACGUUGAUUUGUUAGAUGAUAAUGCUAGGGGACAAGGUAUACUACUUUCACGCCUAAAGUCAUAUUAUAAUAGUUUUUAUUUAGAUGAGCAUUCUACCGAAGAAGCUCGAAUCAUUAAAACUAGGUGUUACAUUAUGUUGUUACUAGGAUCCUUUUUAUUUCCCGAAGGUAGUGGUUCUAGCAUGCAUAUUAUGUACUUACCUUUACUUAGACAAAUAGAUAGAAUAGGUAGUUAUAGUUGGGGAUCCGCAUGUCUAGCCUAUCUCUAUAGUUCUUUGUGCAAAAACUGCCACAAAGAUACUUCUACAUUUUCUGGAUGUGCUGUUUUGCUACAAGCAUGGGGAUGGUCAAGACUACCGUCUCUAGCACCGGUCAAUAGCAACCCCUUCACUUUUCCAUAUGCAAAAAAGUAAGUUGUUUAAAUUGCUAUAUCUUUACUUCCUUCCUUACAGUUUAUUACCCAUAACUAAUUUAUUUUAACUUUUUGGUGUAGAUGGUCGGCACGCGGUAUGAAUUACAGCAGAUGUCCGAGACACUGUAUUACUCAAUAUCGCAACCUGUUGGAUCACCUUCGACCGGCAGACUUCAUUUGGCGUCCAUACCUUAAUAUGGAUCAUGAGCAUCAGAUCAACCCUGAAGACGCAGCCGUAUGGACAACAUGCACACCAAUAAUACGGUUCACAACAGUGGAGCUGCACAACACCGAUCGUGUGAAGCUGCAGUUUGGUAUGGUCCAGAAUAUCCCAGAUCCCCCAGCUAGCCUAGGAGAAUGGCAUAUGCGUAAAGUGAACGACCAAUGGAACUUCAACCCUUGGCAACAAUUCGCAAGAUCAGAGUGUCGCAAGUGGAAGCACCGUCAUGACCAUGUCUUAACUGACGCAGUCAUGCCAAAUGAGGUAAAACCAAGUCGUACUUAUAUGGCUUGGUAUAGAUCAGUUGGAUUUCAAUUCAUCGCCGAUGAUAUGUACCUCUACGACCCACGCCAGACAACUUACACACAAGAAGCCUCAACAUCUAACCCCCAACAACAUUCUCAGCCCAAUUACUCACAACCACCUAUCCGACAAACUUUCCGUUCCACAAACACACAAACAUACAACCAAAACAUGCCAUUCACCCAACCCCAAAACCAAGAACAUCCCCCAUACCACCACCAACAAAUGGACCAUCAACCUUCGACCGAACAUCGCUUCGCACCCACACCAUCACCCUACCAAAGUCGCCUUACCCAAAACACUAACCGCCCCAUCACCUACCGUAGCCAAGAACCCCAAACAUCACAAUACCAAAACAUCCCACAACCAUAUCUCUUCCAAACACCCCAACAACCUUUCCAACCUUUCCUAGACCCAUCAUUGUCACCCAUGUCCCCCUUCAACCGUCCUGGUCGCCCAUCCAUGAGUCAACCACACCCCAACUUCUCUGGCAUGGGUCAUGAGCUCAGCUACGCCGGUACACCAUCAUUGAAUACUGAAGACUAUGCUGAGUUGGCUCAAUACCUCAACGGAUCUUCUCCUGUAGGCGGUAAUGACGCUCCUGGACCAUCAGAUGAACAAACACCGGUUCAGAAUCGUCAACGUGGGUUAGGGCCAAGGGUUAGGAUAGCUAGGGGAUGUGGGACCGGAGGUCGGUUAGGUGAUCCCGGUCAUCACCAUUAGGAUUCAUUGUGUAAAAUCCAAAUUUUAUUAAUAUCAAUUCGUAUUAUGUCAAA